AUGACGGCGAACAGUAUUAGGAAGGCGGUACAAGAGCGCAAGGUGGAGGAAAAGAAAGCGGCGUAUCGACGGUUAGUGGAGAGUACGGACGAGGAAGAGAGGAAGAGGAACAGAGUAAGUUAUAAGGAAGCUAAGAAGGUGGCGAAGUUAGUGGUCACAGAAGCGAAGAGUGUAGCAUUUGGUCGCAUAUACGAAGAAUUGGGGGAAAAAAGCGGAGACAAGAAGUUGUUCCGGCUGGCCAAGGAGAGGGAGAAGACGACUCGGGAUCUAGACCAAGUGAGGUGCAUCAAGGACGAGGAAGGCCGAGUAUUAAUAGAGGACGCGCAAAUUAAGCGGAGGUGGCAAACGUACUUCCAUAAGCUGCUGAAUGAUGAAGGGGAGAGAGACAUUGUGCUAGGGGAAUUGGAGCACUCCGAGUGUCACCGAGAUUUUAGCUACUGUAGACGCAUUAGAGUCGAGGAAGUUUUCGGGGCUAUGCGUAAGAUGAGCAGGGGCAGAGCGACAGGGCCAGAUGAAAUCCCAGUAGAAUUUUGGAAGUCUGUGGGUAGAGCAGGAUUGGAGUGGCUAACUGGGCUGUUUAAUGUUAUUUUCAAGACGAAGAAGAUGCCAGAGGAAUGGAGGGUAGUGGAAGCGAGGGUGAGGAGGCUGGUGUCGAUAUCCGAGAAUCAGUUUGGGUUCAUGCCUGGUCAUUCCACUACAGAAGCGAUCCAUCUUAUUCGGAGGUUGGUGGAACUGUACAGGGAUAGGAGGAGGGAUUUGCACAUGGUGUUUAUUGACCUAGAGAAAGCCUAUGAUAAGGAUUCAUUUGUUGCUACUGAUACAUUGUCUCUUUCUUUCUUGAGCCGAGUGUCUACCGGAAACAGCUUCUCUACUCCUCCGGAAUAG